AUGGGUGACUACUCGAAAGCACUUGAAUUUUACGAAAAAUCACAUAAAAUUCUCGAAAAAGCUCUGCCUUCAAAUCAUCCCAAUUUGGCUAGUUCCUACAGCAACAUCGGUCAAGUGUAUAAAAACAUGGGUGACUACUCGAAAGCACUUGAAUUUUACGAAAAAGCACUUAAAAUAAGAGAAAAAGCUCUGCCUCCUAAUCAUCCCGAUCUGGCUCUGUCCUACAACAACAUCGGUCUCGUGUAUAGCAGCAUGGGUAACUACUCGAAAGCACUUGAAUUUUACGAAAAAGCACAUCAAAUCUACGAAAAAGCUCUGCCUCCGAAUCAUCCCGAAUUGGCUACUUCCUACAACAACAUCGGUGGAGUAUAUUACGACAUGGGUGACUACUCGAAAGCACUUGAAUUUUACGAAAAAGCACUUAAAAUCUUCGAAAAAGCUCUGCCUGCGAAUCAUCCCAAUUUGGCUACUUCCUACAACAACGUCGGUAUGGCGUAUUCCGGCAAAGGAGACUACUCAAAAGCACUCUCAUUCUUAGAAAAGACACUUGCUAUCCGUCAAAAAUCACUUCCACCUAACCAUCCUAAUAUUAUAAAGGUCACAAACUCAAUUGACAAUGUAAAAAAGAAAAUGUAA